UAGUCGUGGCCAUUGACUGAGCAAACUAGCUGUCAUAUCAGUGUUGCCGCGCGAGAUCCUGUAGCCGAGGAGAGAAAGGGUUUCGACUUCCGAUGAUUGCGUGACAACCCCACCCUUCGCAGCUAGGACGAACACUGGAAUUCAAUCGCACAGGUACGCCCGCAGAAUUGCCCGUUCCAAUGGCAGCUGGGUCCCGGCCGCUGCUGCUACAAGUCGCAGUCUCAGGGCAGACAUAUCACAAUUUACUACCAUGUGCGCGAAGCUAGCACAGGCCGCUCGCAAUUGCAGCAGAAAGAGAGUGCUAAAGUAGAGGCUGGCUGUGCCAACAUUACUUUCUGAAAGCAUCGUCCAGCGCUCGACAGGAAAGCCCAGAAUUGGUUUAUCCUUCUGCAAUGCACACUGCUGAUUUGGCUAGUGAGCGUAAGCUAGCAUAAACUAUACAACUGUUCCCCCGGCUUUCCAGCUACCAGCGGGGAUUGUUCACUUCUGAUCGAGUUUUCCAUUCCAACAACAAGCCAGAACCACAGGGAUUGUUCAACGCAGAUGCAAGUUAGUGAAGUGUUUAUCGAGUAUCCCUCCCGCGCACGUAAUCACACAUACAUUCAAGUCAGUGUGACCGAGAACAACUACCUGAAGUCGGUGGAGGCGUUUGUUUGCCUGGGAAGCCUCGUGGGGAGAACCGUGGCCAGGUGUGUGGUGUCCUUGCGUGUGUGUGCCACUAAAGGUGUCAACCUCACCAACAAAGAGUAGCAGUUUUGCCUCAUUGCUAUUCGCCAGCAACUGGCAAGGACAUCCUGCUGGAACAGUCCGAAGGACUUGCUCAUUGCACUGAGAGCGGCUUGUUGGACAUCACUUCCCUCGCAGCAUCAUGUCGGAGUGGGAGAACUUGGAGAUUCCUGAGCUUCAGCUGAAGCUGAAGGAAGCAGCUACGUACCAGGAACGCUCGGCCAUUCGCAAAGUUCUGCACAAGAAGCAGCUGCGCGGCGGCGGCGGAAAGAACAUCGGAAAGUCGGCGGCCCCGAGCGGCGCCACGGUCAAGCGGAGACCGAGCCGCGAGUCGCGCUCCAUUGGCGUCGUGCGCGACUACGUCCGCAAGGGCUCGGACGUCACCGAUCAGGACCGGUGCAGCCCCGAUAUUAAAUACACUCCGUCCGGGAAACGCGAUUCCAGCAACAACAGCUCGGCACGGUCGACGCCAGACCUCGACGCGGGGACGCAGAGCCCCAGCGAGAACGGCCGGAGCAAUGCGGACGUCGAGAUCUCGCAGCUCGACGCCGCGGUGGAGGCUGACAAACCUCACGUGGAGGUGAUAGAGCAGCAGGAUCCCGUGCCAAGAAAAACCAACAGUGCACCACAGGAAGCUCCGCAGCAGCCCGAGCCAGUGGAGAGACCUUCAGCACCAGCUACCCAGUCAUCAGCAAGCAGCCAGGGAGAUGACUUGAGCGACUUCCUGACGGAGAGUGCACUAGAGUCAGCGAUUGCCAAAUCGUCAGACUACAACCAGAGAAGGGAGCUGAGGACUCAGCUACGCAAGAUGAGAGUAGAUAAGCGUGCGGGCCGCAACACCAGGGGCAGAGCCUCGCAGAAUAGCGAGUCCGAGGGCAGCCGGGACAGAGAGCCGGCACCCGCGGCAGCAUCUCCCUCCCCGGUUCCCGCUGCUCCCGUUGAGCCAGAGCCAGAGCCAGAGCCAGCAGAGUCUGAGAAGCCUGAGAGCGAGACAGCAGUGGAGAGAAAAGACGAAGAGGAAAGGCCAGAUGAGCAGCCGCAGCAGCAGCAGCAGCAACAACAGGAACAAAAUGAAGAGCCAGCAACAACCCCAGCUAGAGUGGAUGCAGAGAGCAUUGACAUUGUUGUGGAGGAUACCGGUAGUGAUCAGGACGAGGCUAGCAGACUGGAGAGAGAGUCUUCCCUGGACGAGGACAAAAUCCUACGCAAGUCAGCCACAGCGCCUAGCAACACGUUCAGUACAAAGGCACCAUCACUCGAUGGCGAUGAAGGAGUUUCGGACUUCCGCACAGUGCUACGCCGCUCCCCGUCACCAUCCAUGCCCAAGGCCAACCAGAGUAAAUCCGAGGCCGCGCAGUUGGAUUUCCGUACCGUCCUGCACAAGACCGAUGGCGGAAUCUCGCCAAAGAAGACUCUCGAGGUCGGCGAGCAGAAGUACCGCUCAGAGAAAGGACGCCAGGAGGACUUCCGCGGACAGCUGAAGCGCAAAGUUGAGACCAAGGACUGCUCAAGUGCCGCACCCAAGCGGUCGGCCACUGCUCGCCAAGAGGACUUCCGGGGUCUGCUGAAGAAGCCAGAGGAGGGCGGUCGCUCGCCACGCAACAGCCUGACCCCGGCCACCACCCCACCUCCACCGCGAUCCGAAAGCAGUCCGCAGUCCGACGACGCCGACCCACCAAACAAGGACGAGGAUACUGAAGUAACCAGUACGCUGCAGGCAGAGACCUCGCCACCAAGGAAAUCGCCUGUUCCCCCACCUGUCAAAAGCAAGCCCAAGGCCAGCUCACGACCAUCACCUGUACCACCAGAGAUGCGAGAGGAGCUAAGUGAAGACCCCAUUCAACAAUCACAAGAUGGGGAAACACAGGGUGACACAAGCAUUGAAGCUCAAGCCGAUGAUUCCAACGAAGAUAAUGCCACUCGGGCGGUCGAGGACGAAGAUCGUGACGCGGUAGAGGAUGAUGAGAACUAGACACUGCUGUGGCUUGUGUGCCCCAACAACAUAUCAAUGAAUUCAUGCAG